CCCGUCCCGCCAGUGCGGAUCGCGCGGCGCCGCCGGUGCCCUCGCGGCCGCCCGGGGCCGCCAUGAACUGGCUGUUCCCGCUCGCCAAGGGCGGCGGCGCUGCCGCCUCUUCCUCCUCCUCCUCCUCCUCCUCCGCCGCCGCGGGCCCCGCUCGCACCGGCCUCCAGCAGCAGCGGCAGCGGCAAGUCGAGUCCCUGCGCGCCGCGCACGCCUCCAUUGCAGAAAUUCAGAAAGAUGUGGAAUAUCGACUGCCAUUCACUGUAAACAACUUGACAAUUAAUAUUAAUAUCUUGCUUCCACCUCAGUUUCCUCAGGAAAAGCCAGUCAUCAGUGUUUUCCCACCUGUGAGACAUCAUUUAAUGGACAAGCAGGGAGUAUAUGUGACCAGUCCAUUAAUAAGUAAUUUUACAAUGCACUCAGAUCUCGGAAAAAUUAUUCAGAGUUUACUGGAUGAGUUUUGGAAGAAUCCUCCGGUCCUGGCUCCUAGCUCAACAUCAUUUCCAUACCUUUUCAACAAACCAGCUGGGAUGCCUCCUUUUGCUCCUCAGGGGUUUCCAUUUCUUCCUCCAUACCCACCUCAAGAAACAAAUAGAACAAUGGCAGCCAUGCCUGUUGCUGAAUCAGUUUCUUCAAGCUACACUACAGACAAGCCUGCUGCUCCCUCCUACGGCUUGAUUGCUGAUCUGCCACUACCUGUUCCCACAGCAGAAACUGUGCUUCAGGUUGGCCAGAAUGGAUUUACUUACAAGAUGCCUGAUGUUCCUGAUACCUUUCCAGAACUCUCAGAACUAAGCAUAUCGCAGCUGACCAGUAUGAACGAGCAAGAGGAGGUGUUACUGGAACAAUUUGUGGCUCUACCACAACUGAAGCAAGUCAUUACUGAUAGAGAUGAGUUAGUGAAAAGCAUCGAAGAGCUGGCAAAAAAAAACUUGUUGCUGGAGCCUAGUCUUGAGGCAAAAAGACAGACAGUGUUGGAUAAAUAUGAACAACUUACACAGAUGAAAGCAGCCUUCGAAAAAAAGAUGCAAAGACAACAUGAACUUAGUGAGAGUUGCAGUCCAAGUGCUCUGCAAGCCAGACUUAAAGUAGCUGCCCAUGAAGCUGAAGAGGAGUCUGACACUAUUGCAGAAGACUUCUUGGAAGGCAAAACAGAAAUAGAUGACUUUCUUAGUAGUUUCAUGGAGAAGAGAACGCUGUGCCACUGCAGACGAGCCAAAGAGGAAAAACUUCAACAGGCAAUAGCAAUGCACAGCCAAUUUCAUGCUCCGCUAUAGACUUCCCGCAAACUACACCUGCCAAGAGAAUGAAUGAAAAACCCAAUAAAGCACACUUUUUAAUAAUUAUUAUUUGCAAAUAAGCAUUUCAUCUUAUAUGGUUGUAUUUAUAGAAGAGAUUGUAUACAAAGUUGGAAUGGUUUUUGUACAAAUUAGGAUGUCUCUUUAUAUUCUCAUUGUACUCAAGAAUCCUUCUAUUGCAAUCUUUGGAUUAAUUUAUUGUAUUUAUUGAUAAUUCUUAUUAUAUUUAAGUUCCCUGCUGCUAUACUCCAUUCCUCAGAGAUUAAAUAUCUAAACAUGUAAUUUUGACUAGCUUUUUACAUUUUUAUAAAAACAUAAUUCAUAUCUUUUGUAUUCUGAACUUUAAACAUAGAUUUGGCUUGAUCUGUGGAAGACUCUGAGAUAAGUGUUGAUAGGACUUUGUAAACUGAAGAAGUUCUUAACUGAGAUGGUCAGUGGAUUCACAAGCUGUCUUUUCUUGAAGCCAAAAUACUGAAGGACAAGUUUUUUACUUCCAAGUAAUAAUAGAAAACUAAGUGUAGCCUUUAUUGUGUUUUGGAUAAAUAGAUUGGGAUUAAGCAAAGAAUGUGUUGGAACAAAUUAUAUUGGAACCAAAAUAGAAUAAAUGAUCUCUGCUUAGAUUUUGUACAUUGCUUAGUAGCACUGAUGCACUGAUUUCAGGAGUGGCUUGGUAUCUAUCACUAUAAUUAAACACAAUUUUCAUCACUAUAAUUAAACACAAUUUUCAUCUGACCAUUUCAUUUUCUUUUUUUUUUUUUUGUACAUAGAGGAUUAAUAAUCAGGUCACCUCCCAGUUUCUGUUCUAUGCAAUAUGAAUAUGUUCAUCAUGUGAGGAACUCAGAAGCACUUUACAAAAACUAUCAUUAAAGUUCUGUGGGAAAUAGUUACUUUUUCCUAAUUUUAAGAAAGAAACUAAUGUGGUUGGAGUUGCAUUGUGUGCUGUGUUAAGGGAAGGGAUAGAAUUUGAAAGUGAGAUUUAAUUCUGCUCUUCAGUGACUGAAUCUUGCAUCUGGUAAGCUGACUCUUUUAGGAUGGGGGUAUAUCUGGUGAGAAUUGAUAGGACCAAAUGAAGAUACUUGGGUGUCUGAAAAAAAUACACUUUAUAAGUGCCAUGGUUAAGCAAUAAUUUUAGAGUAUCUUCUUCCAAAAACUGUGCUUCUUGUAUAUUGACAUAGCACUUCUGCUAAUGUGCUAACUAAAGUCCUAGUUAGAAAUGAGAUCAUGGUGGUUUCCAAGUGGUUCUGGACUUUUGUCUCUGAGUAGCAUGAUUUCUGCAGCUCUGGAGAAGAGUUAGAUUUAAGUCAUUGCUGUUACCUUCUUGGCAAACUCUCAUCUGUUUUUGUGCUGGAUGUAUAAGUUGUCUCUGAUCUUUUUCUAAGGAUCUAGCUAUUGUUAAAGACUAGACUCACAACUCUGUACAGGACUGGUUUUUUAUUGUUGUUUCUUCCUUGUAAGCAGAGAAAGGAACAGAUGACCAGACAUCUGGUGCUUUUGCUAUAUUGGGCCAGUAUCUUCUUUAUAUGUUUUAUAAUGGCAUGGAAUGGUAGGUUUCUGUUCUCAUCUGCCUCCUCAUCUUGAAUGUUGUGUCAUUGUAUUAUGGUGCUCUACUGCCACUGAACUCUUUAGCCAGGUCACCUUCAGGGGAUUUGCUUCUCAAACUAGUACAAGUUCUGAACACUUCGGUUGUUCUUCUGAUAUUACUUUAGCCAAUUUGCAAAUUCAGAACUUCUCCAUGGAGUCUUUCUAGUGGUAGUGGAGUCUAGAAGAAAUUGUCACUGUUCAAUGCUAGUUCAGUGUUUGUUGUUCAGGGAUAUGAGACUUUAAGGUCUCCUCUUUUCUCCCUUUCUAUUCUCUCAUAUCAUUGUUCCUAUUCUUUGGAUUUUUUUCCCUUAUUUUUUACCUCUUUGCAGACACAAACCCAUCCUCUAGAAAAGAAGCACAAAAGUCUCUGUAUUCAGCAACUAUAUAUGUUGGGUUAGCUGCAGGAAUCCCAUCACAUCCAAGAAAAUCCAGCCUGUUUCUGGUCUUUAAAGGCCAAGCUGGUGCGGGUUUGUAUUUUUUCCUUGUGGUUUGUUUUUUUUUCUUAUCUUUAGUCCUACAUUGGUUGCAUAUUCACCAGAAGACUUAGUUAGAACACUGGUAACACUCUGUCAAGAGUUAGGUUUUUCGCUUCUAGCAUGCUGGUAGCUCACUGUUGAGUGCAUUCCUUACCUUAUUUUACCAAAAUAUGGAGUGUAGGUCUAAAUCCACCUUUAAACAACUCUCUGUAAAGUGUAAGAGAAUGGCAGCUGCUGUUAGAUGCAUAUUCUGAAGGCUUUUGAAAUGUGUCAAGUGAACUUUUAAGCAAUGGGGAACAACAGGCUACGUACAAUGACUUGUUUCUUGGGAGCCUUGCACUAUGUCAUUCUCAGGUGUUCUGCCAAGUGGGAAAGAGAACUCAGUGAGCAAGAAAUAAGAGUAAGGAGAUGGCUUGUCUCUGAUGUUGCAGUAGUCUGGGGGGGUGAAGUGUGUUCUGUAUUGUAACUGCUAAUUGAGCUUGGGGUUUGCCUAAUUUCAAUACCUGAUCUUACUGCUAAUUUACAGGACCACAGAAUGGGUAAGGUUGGAAGGCACCACAGUGGGUUGUCUGGUCCAACCUCCCUGCUCGAGGAGGGGCAUCCUAGAGCACAUGGCACAGGAUUGCAUCCAGACAGUUCUUGAGGAUCUCCACUGAGGGAGACUCCACAACCUCUCUGGGCAGUCUGUUCCAUUGCUCGGUCACCUGCACCAUAAAGAAGUUCUUCCUCAUAUUUAGGUGGAGCUUCCUGUGCAUCAGUUUGUGCCUGUUGCCUCUUGCCCUAUUGCUUGGCACCACUGAGAACAGCCUGGCUCCAUCCUCUUGACACCCUGCCUUCAGAUACUUACAGACACUGAUGAGGUCCACUCUCUGUCAUCGCUUCUGAAGGCUGAACAGGCCCAGCUCUCAGCCUGUUCUCAUCACUGAGGUGCUUCAGUCCCCUCAUCAUCUUGCCCUCUGCAGGACAUGCUUCAGGAGCUCCAUGUCUCUCUUGUACUGAGGAGCCCAGAAAUACUCUUCCCCAGGUGCAGUACUCUUCAUUUGCCUUUUCUGAAUUUCAGAAGGCCUCUCUGCCCAUCUCUCCAACCUGCUGAGGUCCUUCUGAAGGGCUGCACAGCACUCUGGCGUGUUUGCCACUCCUCCCAGCUUUGUGUCAUCAGCAAAAUUGCUGAUGAGGCACUCUGCUGUGCUAGCCACCACUGCAAGCAAGAGGCUGUUAUGGCAAAGUCAGUUCUAAGCAGUACGUACUGUAAUUCUAUUUACUGUGUACAUACUCCUGCAGUUUCGCUGCAUUGGACCUGGACCAAAUGUAUAAGUUAGAAAUCUUACAGUUUUAUUUAUGUCCAAGUUCUUACUACUCCCUUCAAAGACUACCAUAAAUCUUUCUGAAAGAGAGAUUUAAGAGACCUUCAGGUCAAACUGAAUUAAAACUCUUGACAACAAAGUUAUCAGCCUUAAUUGUGUCAUUAUUCUGAACAGUAAAUGCUGUAAUGCUAAACUUACAAAUAAAGGCUUUGGGAUUUUAAUAUAUCUUGUAAUCAUCUAACUUACAGAUAGGGUUGGGCAUUUGACAUUGCAGGACUUCUUGGGUGGAUACAGAAUUAUGUUGGAAAUGGAUGCAGUAAGCUACUCAAGGAAAAGCUUAAUAUCUUCAUGAGUAGUGAUGCGAGCUUUCCAUGUUUAACCCUUUCAGUAGCGGAAAUUCUUGGAGCCACCUUCACUGAAACAGGCUUUGAAAACCCAUAUUGGAUCUCUGUCUUUUGUAAGCACCUUAUUUUGGUCAGACACCUUGUAGACAUCACACAGUAAUAAGCUAUGAAGAAAGCUUGUAUAUCGAUAAUAAGAAAAUACUUCACAUAAAAGAACUGUGUUGUUUAGUCUCCACAAAGGGAAUAAAUGCAUAUAAAACACCUUGGCAACCAGCAGACUUAAAAAGUGAGUCCUUGCCUGAACUCAGUCACGAUUCUGGUGGACCUCUAAGGUUUCAUUAGCUUCUUUCCAGAAUAAUUUAUAUUAAAAGACUACUACAUUUUAUUUUAAGAUUUAGCAUUAAUUGAUUUGUUGGUUUCAGGUGUUUUACUGGCAAUUUAAAUAUUAUAGAUUAAAUGCUUAUUUUACCUUAUUGUCCCACUUUGACAGUGUUUCUGGCCUCUCUGAAUUCAGGUUUUGCAAUACGCUUGGCUCUAGAUCUUUGGCAGAUUUUUCAUGAGUCUUAGUACUGUGAUAAGUUGACCCACCACGUGUUACUCCCUUUCCAAAUGAAUUGUCAGUGACUUUCCUGUCCUUGGAGGAUUUUUGAGUCACUGUGGUGUUUACCUGUCUCUGCACUACAGAGCUUAAGGGUGACCGACCAACCUAAAAGCUGCACUCAGCCUUCAGCCUGCACCCAGAAACAGCCCCUGACCUUGACUGUGUUUGUGAUCUACUUGAGAACUCUGUGUGUAGAUCAGGGCAACAUCUACAUAAAGGCAUCAAGUUAGCUAGUUAACAGUGAUGACAUGCUUAUCUUCAUUGCAAAGGCUCUCUCUUAGUUGUUGCUGGGGCUUAAUUGUUAUUAGUUUGUGUCCUUAAACAUUCUAUGCUAGGUGAACUUGUGCUCUGGCUUGCCCCGUCUUCAAAGAAUGUGGUUCCCUGCCUUACUUGCUGAUCUUACAGAGAGCUUUCCUUCCCUGCCUCCCUUCAUUUACUUAUUUUUUUUUCUUUUUCUCUUCAUACUUUUAAUGAUAUUAUUUGCUCUGAGUUGUGCCCUCCAACUUUAAUUCUAUUUCUCAGACGUUCAGAAUCCAUUUGCAGUUUAUCGCCUUUUUCUCUCUUGUACGGACCUACCAGUAAAAGCAGCUAAUGAAUAGGUUUUCCUUCUGUGCUUCAAAUAGUGAUCUUCUGUAGAGAAGGCUUCUGUUGUGUGACCCCAUUGCCUUCAGUGUCCUUUAGAGGCACAUUUUCAUACUAAAGACCAGCUGGAACCUAGUGAGGCCUCCAGCAGUUAAGCUACAUUCAUUUGUGCCGUAUUUCAAAUUACAGUGGGCUUAUGCCAACUUUGCAAAGGUUUGUAGCACAAGGCUACAAGAAAUCAGUAUGGUUUUCUGAAGUUUUUUUGUUUGCAUUUCCUAAAAAAAAAUAAAUACGGGGCUGUAACAUGCUCCCAUAUAAUUAACACAAUUGAUGAGAGUCUUGGUUUUCUUAGUUAUCAGUUGUAGAUUCCUCCACAGAUUAAAACUAUUGGAUUAAAGUAUCAAAGUAGGGAGGACAGAAAAAUCCCUUGUUCUUGGUGGCAAAGUGACUCCUGAGUAAAUGAAAAACUACAGUACAAAAACCAGGAUAGCAAACCUUUGUUUCACUCAGUGGUGUGAAAUAAAAUUAAAUUACACCUAAGUGUUUAUUUGAAAGUGUUUCUCAUUAGCCUGAUAAUGCCACAAAUACAUGCAGUACAGUGAAAACAGUAGUAGCUAAUGCAAAAUUUCAGAGGCUGAAAGACACAUCACAGAGGGCUGCUAAGUGAAGGCUUAAUAAAGAAAAUGUUAAUAAGAAUAUUUUAGUUGUAAAGCUAGUUACAAGGAGUUGCAUAAGCUAAACAAAGACAGUGCUUUGAAUUUGCGUAUCUUACUGUUCUGCAUUUAUUUCUAGACAUGUCUAAUAGAACACAAUGUCAUAUAUAAUUUUAUCUCUUAAAGAUAUGCAGUAACAUUGCCCAUUUUCAAGCUCAUUUUUAGGUAGAAUAUUCGUGUGUUUUGUUUUUGUUGCUGAAUUUGCAGCAUAUUUCUUUAGUUUGAGAAAAUGCAUUCAAAGUCUCUAAUAACAUAAAUUUUACAGGCUAUGCUCAAAAUACAAAACAUUUUUAAAAGUGCAAUUAAAAUCUGGGAUUUCAUUUAUUAAAAAUUCAUAAAGAUUAAAAACAGAAGGCUAGAUUCUCAACAGAGUAUACCUUAGAGUUGUAUUUAUUUGAAUUGAGCUAUAGGGAUUUAUCAAACUGAGGAUCUGCCCUUUCCACUAUAAGAUAAACUUUGCUGUUAGGAAUUAUUUGUUCAAAGACAGCAGCUCCCUUAGGAGGAUAUUAAUAAUACUGAAGUUUACAUACUCACUUUUAAUAAUGUAAGUUCACAGAAUGAAACCCAUUCCAUAAAUGUAAUAAAAUCUAGCAAUUCUAAAUUGAGGCAUAUUCAUGUAAUAUAUCUCUGUCUGUAAGUCUGUAUUUGAAGGAGUAAUGUGAAAUGCAAAGUAAACUUUCAUUACUACCACCUGACUACUAGAGUUCAAUACCACAUUGUCUCCAAGCAGGUAAGAGCAGCCAUGUGAACUAUAUUUUUAACUGCUUGCUUUAACUAAUACUUAAUAUAAAUAAAAAAGAAACCUGGAAGAAUUGCAGUCUAAUUUGGCCACCUUUUUAGUGAGUUUCAAGACAUUCCAAAUUUUAAACAUUUUUCAGUUGUUUACUUCUGUACCGAUGAUUAUGAAAACUAUUACUCCUAUACAUUCUUUAAAAUAUGAUAACAAGAUUAAACUUUCUGGUAAAUGCUGAGUCAGUUCUUUUCUUAAAUUAGCAUUACCAUGCUCUUCAGUUUGGCAAAUAGUAAAAGGGAAAUUUUGUAUGAAGACAGAAAAACUGAUUGCUAGUGGUUAGUUUAUUUUGAACAACAGAAUUUGGAAGGAAUAUUCUUUAUAACAGUUCCUUUAUGGGCAUAACCUUCCUUUACUUACGAAUUCAGAGCGAUGCUUUCAUAAGUGAUUUUUUUAAGUGAUUUUACAUUCUCUUUCCUCUGCACUGUAUAUGUAGCUCACUUCCACUCAAAUAAAACAUUUUCAAGUAGGAAUCAGAAUAGGCUGGAGAAUUUGUGAUUUCACUACCUUUAAAAUUUUAGGUAGGUGGUUUGAAAGAAAAGUAAGAUAGAAAAAAACUUGAGAACAAAACAUAAAGAGGCUAGAGUAAACUGCCUAAUGUACCUUUCGUUAUAAAGGGAUGCUUUAGCACAAAGGCUGUGUGAAUAUUGUUAUAUUCCUUUGAAGUUUUGGUCACAGAAACUACUGAAUUUUCAACACUGCUUGAGGACCAAGUACAAAUGGGAUGCAGCAGCAGAAACUGCUUACUAAAGGAUUUUUUUAAUCAGGAUCAAAGCUCCAUUUGUUCCCUUACCCAGCAUGUCCAUUUGUUAUUUUGCUGUAAAGAAUUCUAGUAGGAGGAUAUGCAAAAUAAUUGUCUGAUUUCAAAAUUUAACACCUCUAGUGAAAAAAAAAAAAAAACAAGCAGUGAAGAAUAUAUGUCUGAAGGCCGAAGAGAUCUACAAAAAUAAGUUUUGACUGCUUCACCAGUAAGGCUAACACUAAUGCAUCUUCAGCCUUCUGUAAGAGAGUACUUUGGAAUUUCACAUCUUUGGAGAAGAACUAUUAUCUUGUACAAUAAAUAGUUAUGGAAAUGUACAAAGUAAGGAAUAAUUAUGUACAGCACUGAUAAAACAAGUAUCACAUUAGCUUAACUAAAUAUAACAGCAGAUAUUACCUUUUUUAGCACUAUGUCUUAAUAAGAGCUUGUUCUGCUUAGAUCUUUACUUACACAAUUGCACAGUUCCCUUUCUUUGGAUUAUUUCUUUAGGCUACAGACCACUUCCAUUCUUCAUCUGAUGAAAAGAUGUCAUUCCAGACUGUGUAAGACUCAACUUCGUCUGGAUCCUUGCUGCCGUGAAGGUGUUUCAGCCUGCCAGAAAUACAGCCUCAUCAGAGUCCUUGCCGCUGUCUUCGCUAGGCAAGCAGCCACCCCCACUUGGGGACCUACAGCUUAAGUCCUCCACACCAGACUCCUGAUCACUGUUGGCUGAGAGGUCAGGAUCAGAACUUUUCAGGUUGUCCUGUGUCAAAAUCAGGGCAGAAUCUUCUUCAUCCCCUUGUGAAGGACUCCGGGAUGGGAAUGACUUCAGAUCGUUGCUGUACUCCUGGGGAGUGUUAGCUAAGCUGUUGUUGGAAGUAGACAGCCUUAACUGUUUGCUUCGGUCUUGUUGCUUACUCUGGACUUUAUUAUCACCUAAUUGUGAUUUCUGAAGAUUCGCCAAUCGCUGAAAUAAAGGAAACAGUAUAUAUUACAUGCACACAUA